GUAAACAAGCAUGCGUCAAAUAUUGACAGUUUAGAUAUUUCACUUUUCACUUUUUUAAAAGGGCUUGUUCUUCUGCUGAAUAACUACAGAAUAAUUUUCUUUAAUUGAAUAAUUUGCUCUGCCAAUAUGUCGGAUUCCGAGGCGAGUAAUAUGUCGGAUAGUGGGUCGGAAGAUGGAAGUAUGGCUUCUAACAAAUCUCAGCACAGCGCAAGAUCUCGCUCAGUAUCGCGUUCAAGAUCUCCCUCGCGUUCUAGAUCUAGAUCCCGUUCUAAGUCCGCAGGUUCCCGAUCGAGAUCUCGCUCAGCAUCUGCUGGAUCUGGAUCGGGUUCGGAUGUAGGCGUUAAUCGCCGUCGUCAGAGAAGUCGAUCGCGUGAUGACGAGGAGGAAGGAGAAGAAGAACAAGAGCCGGAGGGAGAAGACCUGGACUCUGAGGAGUAUGAUGAAGAAGAAGAUGACGAAGUUGGCCCGAAGAAAAAGAAAAAAAAGGAGAGAUUUGGAGGUUUCAUCAUUGAUGAAGCGGAAGUGGACGACGAGGUUGACGAAGAUGAAGAAUGGGAAGAAGGAGCCAAUGAAUUAGGAAUUGUUGGUAAUGAAAUCGACGAACUGGGACCAACGGCCAGGGAUAUUGAAAUAAGACGACGCGGAACUAACCUCUGGGAUACCCAAAAAGAAGACGAACUAGAGGAAUAUCUUCGCAAAAAAUACGCCGAUGAAUCUGUUGCAAAAAGGCAUUUUGGUGAUGGUGGUGAGGAAAUGUCCGAUGAAAUUACCCAACAAACUUUGCUUCCUGGAAUAAAGGAUCCUAACCUGUGGAUGGUUAAGUGUCGCAUUGGUGAAGAAAAAGCCACAGCGCUCUUACUGAUGAGAAAAUAUUUAACUUAUUUGAAUACUGAUGAACCAAUGCAGAUUAAAGCAGUUGUUGCUCCGGAAGGAGUCAAGGGUUACAUUUAUAUUGAGUCUUACAAGCAGACGCAUGUUAAGAGUGCAAUUGAAAAUGUGGGUAAUCUUCGUGUCGGAAAGUGGAAACAGGAGAUGGUACCAAUCAAGGAAAUGACUGAUGUACUAAAGGUUGUUAAGGAACAAGUUGGGUUAAAGGUUAAGCAGUGGGUUAGGUUGAAGCGUGGUUUGUAUAAGGAUGAUAUUGCUCAAGUUGAUUACGUCGACUUGGCACAAAACCAAGUGCAUUUAAAGCUUUUGCCACGAAUUGAUUAUACACGAAUGAGAGGAGCCCUCAGAACAACUCAAAGUGAAGCUGAUAAUGCUAAACGUAAGAAGAAGCGUCGUCCACCAGCUAAGCCAUUUGAUCCGGAAGCAGUGCGUGCAAUUGGAGGUGAAGUUCAUUCAGAUGGUGACUUUUUGCUUUUCGAAGGAAACCGUUAUUCGCGUAAAGGUUUUCUUUAUAAAAAUUUUACAAUGUCAGCUAUUUUGGCCGAAGGUGUCAAGCCCACUCUUGCCGAAUUGGAAAGGUUUGAGGAACAACCAGAAGAUGUUAACUUGGAAAUCGCUGCCGCUUCAAAAGAUGAUCCAACGGCAUCUCAUUCGUUCUCCAUGGGAGACAAUGUUGAAGUUUGUUUGGGUGAUUUGGAAAAUUUACAAGCUAAAAUCAUAGCAAUCGAUGGAGGCAUGAUCACAGUAAUGCCAAAGCAUCAGGAUCUUAAAGAUCCUUUAAUUUUCAAGGCAAAUGAGCUUCGAAAACAUUUUAAGACCGGAGACCACGCUCGUGUUCUGGCCGGUCGUUAUGAAGGUGAAACAGGUUUGAUUGUUCGCGUUGAACCAACACGGAUUGUACUAGUUUCUGACUUAACAAUGCAUGAGUUGGAAGUGCUUCCCAGAGAUUUGCAGUUGUGUUCCGAUAUGGCAACAGGUGUUGAUUCAUUGGGACAGUUUCAGUGGGGAGAUUUAGUACAACUAGAUCCUCAGAACGUUGGUGUUAUUGUUCGUUUGGAACGUGAAAAUUUCCAUGUACUUAAUAUGCAUGGUAAGGUUAUUGAAUGUAAACCAACGGCGUUGCAGAAAAGACGAGAAAACCGUAACACUAUUGCACUAGAUGCCGAAGAGAAUCAAAUUCGUCGCAGAGAUAUAGUUAAGGUCAUGGAAGGGCCACAUGCAGGUCGCUCAGGAGAAAUUAAACACUUGUAUCGGAGUUUGGCAUUCUUACACUGCCGUAUGUACACUGAAAAUGGAGGAAUUUUUGUGUGCAAGACACGCCACUUGCAAUUAGCUGGAGGCAACAAAUCCCAGGCCAACACAAUGGGAUCCUUAGGUGGUAUGGGAUUCAUGUCACCUAGAAUUCAAUCACCCAUGCAUCCCUCGGGAGGACGAGGAGGACGCGGAGGUGGCCGAGGCGGAAGAGGAGGUUUCCGUGUGACCAGAGAUCGCGAUAUUGUAGGAAAAACUAUAAAAAUCUGUGGUGGGUCGUACAAGGGUUCAGUUGGUAUUGUUAAAGAUGCAACUGAAAGCACAGCUCGUGUAGAAUUGCACACUUCGUGCCAGACAAUUUCAGUUGACCGUAACCACAUUGCUAUUGUUGGAGUUCCUGGCAAAGAAGGAGGCAGUGUUUCCACUUACGGGCGCACUCCAGCCCGCACACCUGGUUAUGGCUCACAAACUCCGGUUUAUGCAGCUGCAGGAUCUAAGACGCCAUUGCUUGGUAGUCAAACUCCAACUUGGGAUUCCGAGGGUCGUACACCUUAUAGUGGUGCUAUGACUCCGUCUCAUGACGGCAGCAUGACUCCUCGUCAUGGUGCCUGGGAUCCGAAUAUUACGAAUACACCAGCAAGAAACAAUGAUUAUGACUAUAGCAUAGAAGAACCUAGUCCAAGUCCAGGUUACAAUCCAAGUACGCCCGGCUAUCAAGUCAGCACACCAUUUGCUCCACAAACUCCGGGAACUGUCUAUGGUUCGGACAGAAGUUACAGCCCUUACAAUCCAAGCCCAGCUCCUUCUCCUUAUCCAGUCGGUUAUAUGAGCACUCCAUCUCCAUCGAGCUAUUCUCCCAAUACCCCUGGCGGCGCUCCACAAUCGCCAUAUAAUCCCCAGACUCCAGGAGCCAGUUUGGACUCCCAUAUGGGUGACUGGUGUACCACAGACAUUGAGGUAAAAAUUCAUACUCAUGAUGAUGCCGACUUAGUUGGACAAACUGGUAUCGUUCGAACUGUUUCAAAUGGCGUGUGCUCCGUGUUCUUACGUAAGGAAGAUCGCAGUGUUUCGAUCAUAAGUGAACAUUUGGCACCCGUGCCACCUGAAGUCGACGAUGAUUUCAAAGUAAUUUAUGGAGAUGAUCGCGAAUUGACUGGAAAAGUAAUAUCGGUUUCUGAUAAGGACACUAGCAUUUGCAAAAUAAAUGGCGAUGUCACUAUGAUACCCACAUCCCAUCUUUGCAAAAUGAAAGUUGACUAAUUACAGUCUUUGAAAUAAAAUGCAUCUUUAAACUAACACAAUAUAAUUUACAAUAAUCACAUUGUAUAACCAGCUCAAUGUUUAGUUAUUUCCCUUAAUAAAAUAUAUACCCUAAUUACUGAAAAA